GUUUCUUAUCUUGAUUAAACUUUUCAUUUUCCUAUCUUUUUUUUUAACUGGAAUUUGCAUUCUAUAGAAGGGUUCUUAUUGCUUGUAUACGAUAAUUGGAUCCGUUCACAGUCUAUUUUUCCCCCUUGCCAUGUACAGACCUAUCUACACAGCUUCUCCUCUGCGUACCGCGUGUUUACGGUUGCCUGUGCACUGCCCGCGAGGCACCCCUACCGCUGUUCGGUUCAAGAGCCCACUAUUAGAAGCCAGUCUCUUUGUAGCCGGAAGAGCUCAACGACACGGCGUCGUGCCCAUCCGUCGUCUUCAUGCCGGUCUUCCCAAAGAUCUUGGUGUGCUGCGCCGUGCAGAAGCUAAACAGGGCAAAGAAAUCUACGCCGGAGAGAAAUCCACCAUGACUUCCAGGGCAGCGCAAAGUGCCAAAGAAUUAGCAGAAAAAUCCGGUGGCAAAGCCGCCGAAUCAGCAUCGUCAACAACUACCGCAGUCAAGCCUAAAAAGACAUUGUGGCAAAAGGUCAAAGAUGAAGCAGUUCACUACUGGCACGGUACCAAGCUAUUGGGCCUUGAGAUUCGUAUCUCUUCCAAGCUUACACGCAAGCUGUUGAACGGUGGCCAUUUGACCCGACGUGAAGCUCGUCAGUUACGACGCACGACAUCGGAUCUGUUGCGAUUAGUUCCUUUUGCUGUGUUCAUCAUUGUGCCAUUCAUGGAAUUGCUUUUGCCGGUGGCGCUGAAAUUAUUCCCCAACAUGCUGCCUAGCACUUAUGAAGAUAAAUCACGCGAGGAAGAGAAGAAGCGCAAGUUGUUAAAAGUGCGUUUGGAGAUGGCAAAAUUUUUGCAAGAAACGAUUUCCGAAUCUGGUUUCCCAGGUUCCGAGCAUGAAAAAGCCGCUCAGGAAUUCGCGGAUUUUUUCAGAAAGAUUCGUAUGACUGGCGAACAAGCAUCUACGGAAGAUUUGCUCAAAGUGGCCAGACGGUUUGAAGACGAGUUGACAUUGGAUAACUUGUCCAGACCUCAGUUAGUGUCAAUGUGUCGUUAUAUGAAUAUCAACGCCUUUGGUACCGACAAUUUCUUGCGUUUCCAAAUUCGUAACCGUAUGCGUCAAAUCAAGGCCGAUGACAAGGUCAUUUUGAGCGAAGGUAUUGACAGUUUAACGAUUCAAGAGUUGCAAGCCGCUUGUGCUGCACGUGGUAUCCGUUCCAUGGGCAUUUCGCCCGGCAGAUUAAGGGAUGAAUUGGCUCAAUGGCUGGAUCUUCACUUGAACCACCAUGUUCCCUCGACAUUGCUCGUCUUAUCCAGAGCAUUCAGUUACACCGAUCGCAGUGUCAGUACCGAGGAUGCCCUGAAAGCAACCUUUAACAGUUUGCCCGAUAAUUUGGUGAACGAAGCUGAAUUGCAAGUGUUGGAACUUGUUGGUGCAACUACAUAUAAGCAAAAGUUGGAUGUAUUGGAACAACAGCAAGAAUUGAUUGAAGAUGAAUCCGAGCAAGAAGAGAAAGAGGCCAAGGCUCGUUUGGAAGCGAAGCAAGCAGAAGAAGAUGAAGAGAAAAAGAAACAGGAAGAAGCCGCGCAAAGAGAUGCCUUUGUGCCCGAUGAUCAAAAGGAGGCGCCAUCAAAGGCUCCAGAACCUGAAAAAUUGGAUGACACAUUGUCUGAAGAGCAGCGCAACGAGUUACAGGAAGCUUUGGCCAAAUUACGUACCAAGGUCGAUGUGUUGGAAGAGCGCGCUCAGUUGAACGAAAUCAAGAUCCAGCACGAAGGCUACAAAGACUUGAUUGAGGAGUUGAAAGAGGCCACGAACCGUGAAGCUGACAAGACCUCUUUGCGACUUAGCAAACGUUUAGAGAAGAUGUUGUCCGAGAUCGACAAGGACUUGGACACCAUAGAAAAGGAACACAAGAAGGAGGAGGAAAAGAAAGAAUAAACCAUAUCUCUACCUUAAUAAAAUGUUUGAAUUUAGUUCGCAGUCACUUUUAUUGUCCGCUAAUUUGGCGUUGUUGAUUGGAAAAUAAAUGUUUUUA